AUGGCAGCCUCUCCAACAUCUAGUGCCAGCUCAGCAGAAUACGAGACCAAUGAUUCUCCCACCGAGGAACUUUCACCAGACCCUGUUCUACUUGACGAGGAAGAAAACGCACUAGAGGGAGGCGAAGCAGAUAACAUCGUCGCCUCGCCAACUCAAUCUAAAAUUCCGGGUCUAGGCUACAACGCCAUAAAAACACAUAACGGGCAACUGUAUUCCGGGAUGGCGAUCGGUGGCUCUCAUACCUGGAACUAUGAUCCAGGUGUAUGGAAAGAGACGAAGAAUGAACCGGACCUCUGGAGUAUCGACUAUCAGACGAGGAAGCGACGAGCUCGUAACGCCCCGAAGGGAAGUGGUGCACCUAUUGGAACGGAAUAUCACUGGUUAAUUGUGGGACAUCAACCUAAGGCUAAUACCAUCCAGCAUGUGCGAAAAGUCGACCCGAAUACGUACGAGACCCAUCUCACAGGAUCCAAGUAUAAACUCGCACAUAAAUCCGUUUCAUCGGGAUCGUGGUCCAUACCCACAGUGCAAGGGCAACGAGAGCGCGAGCUGGAAUUACUGGAGGAUGCACAGCGGCGGAUUCGUGGGCUGCCACCUGUACUGGCUAGUGAGAAGGUUAGAGUGGCACACCUUGAACAGGGGCAACAACGGCUGGAUAAGAUGUUUGGUAAAGUUAAGGGUCCGCCAAGUCCCCCGCAGGAGAGUUCUGGACCGAGGAAAAAGAGGCGAAUGUAG